GUGGAGUUGAACAGAUGACUAAACCAAUUGAUUCGCGACGACCUUAGCUUGACUUCAUCCCCUGCUCACUUGUUAGGCUUUUCUUUCUUUCUUUGUUGAAUCCCUCGCUUCACUUCGCUUCAUCCAUUCAUCCAUUCAUGUCUUCUGCAAGAACCGACACAAGGAUCCAUGACGUGUUCCUAAGUUUUAGAGGCGAAGAUACUCGAGGAUCGUUCACUUCACAUCUCUAUGCUUCUCUUCAAAAUGCUGGAAUUACUGUUUUUAGGGAUGAUGUUUCUCUUAAAGGAGGAGAUCACAUUUCAACAACAUUAUCACACGCAAUUGAACAGUCUCGAAUUUCUGUUAUCAUUUUUUCAACAAAUUACGCGGAAUCGCGAUGGUGUCUUGAGGAGUUGGUGAAGAUAAUGGAGUGUCAGAGAACUAUAGGUCAAAUUGUUCUUCCAUUGUUCUACGGUGUAGAUCCAUCUCAAGUACGACAUCAAAUCGGUGACUUUGGAAAAGCCUUUCAAAGUCUCUUGAAUAAGAUUUCAAAGGUGGAGAAGGACGAAGACGAUUCAUUGAAAUGGAGAGACGCACUUCGUGAGGCAGCUGACCUUGCUGGAUUUGUAGUUUUAAAUUCCAGGAAUGAAACUAAAGACAUCAAGGAUAUUACUGAAAAAAUUACUCAUUUGCUUGACAAGAAAGACAUGUUCAUUGCUGAUAAGCCAGUGGGAAUUGAUUCUCGAAUGCAAGAUGUUAUUCAACGGCUAGACAUCCAACAAUCAAAUGGUGUAAUACUACUUGGGAUGUGGGGUAUGGGGGGAAUCGGAAAAACAACUAUUGCAAAAGCAAUUUAUAAUGAAAUCGGCCGCAAGUUUGAAGGGAGGAGUUUCCUUGCAAAUGUUAGGGAAGUUUGGGAGCAACCUACCAAACAAGUAGAUUUACAAGAACAACUUCUAUCUGAUAUCUUCAGAGGAACGACGACCAAGAUACAAAGUAUUGAUUCUGGGAAAAUUAUAUUAAAGGACAGGCUUUGUCAUAAAAGAAUACUUAUUGUACUUGACGAUGUGAAUGAGUUGGAACAGUUGGAUGCUUUGUGUGGAAGUCGUAAUUGGUUUGGUUUAGGGAGUAGAAUAAUUAUCACAACCAGAAAUAUGCAUAUACUCAGAGGGGAUAGAGUUGACGAAAUAUACUCAAAUAAAAAAAUGGAUGACAGUGAAUCACUUGAGCUUUUUAUAUGGCAUGCAUUCAAGCAAGUGAGUCCCAAAGCAGAAUUUGUUGAAAUUUCUAGAAAUGCCGUUAUGUAUUCCGCGGGAUUGCCGCUAGCUCUAGAAGUUCUUGGGCGAUAUUUGUAUGAGAGGGAUGUAACAGAAUGGAAAUGUGUACUGGAGAAACUCAAAACAAUUCCCAAUAAUAAAGUACAAAAUAAGUUAAAAAUAAGCUAUGAUGGUUUAGACGAUAAAUCCCAGAAAGCAAUAUUCCUUGACAUAGCUUGUUUCUUUAUUGGUAAGGAGCGAAAUGAUGUUAUACAUAUACUAAAUGGCUGUCGAUUGUUUGCUGAAGAUGGAAUAAGAGUCCUUGUUGAGCGUAGCUUAGUAUAUAUUGAUGAUGAUAACAAGCUUGGAAUGCAUGAUUUGUUGCGGGAUAUGGGAAGAGAAAUCAUUUGUAAUAAUCCACCAAAGGAUCCUGAGGAGCAUAGCAGGUUGUGGCUUCCUGAGGAUGUUGAUGGUGUAUUAGCAAGACAAACUGGAACAAAAGCUAUUGAGGGAUUGACUUUGAAGUUGCCAAGAGAUAGUGCAAAAUGUUAUAGUACUGUUGCAUUUAAGAAGAUGAAGAAACUCAGAUUGCUUGAACUUGCUGGUGUGCAGCUUGAUGGGAAUUUUGAACAUCUUUCAAGAAAUCUGAGAUGGCUUUCUUGGAAUGGAUUUCCGUUAUCAUGCAUACCUACAAACUUUUAUCAAGCAAAUUUAGUUUCCAUCGAGUUAGAAAACAGUAAUGUCAAAGAUUUGUGGAAAGAGACCCAGAGAAUGGAGAAGCUGAAAAUUCUUAACCUUAGUCAUUGUCAUUAUCUGACACAAACACCAGACUUUUCAAAUUUGCCUAAUCUUGAAAAGUUAGUACUCACAGAUUGUCCAAGUCUUUCUGAGAUUUCUCCUAGCAUUGGCCAUCUCAAUGAAAUUCUUCUGAUAAAUUUGGAAGAUUGUAUUGGCCUAUGUAACCUCCCAAGAAGCAUAUAUAAGUUGAAAUCUUUGAAAACUCUCAUCCUUACUGGCUGUUUAAAGAUUGACAAUUUGGAAGAUGACUUGGAACAUAUGGAAUCUUUAACCACUCUGCUUGCAAAUAACACUGCAAUAAAAAGAGUGCCUCUUUCAGUACUGAGAUCAAAAAGCAUUGGAUAUAUCUCUUUGUGCGGUUAUGAAGGAUUCUCACACGAUUUAUUUCCAUUUAUCAUUCAGUCUUGGAUGUCACCAACAAAUAAUCUGAUUUCCGCAGAUCAAAGAUCUUUUGAUCCGAUGCCAUCUUUUGAUUCGAUGCCAUCUUUUGAUUGUUUAUCUGAAUCUUUUAUGAUUUCGGAUGGACAUGCGUUGUCAUCUUAUUUUUCUUUAGAAGAACCAAAGAGUUGUCCAGAUGAACUGUCACCUCGUAAUGAAUAUAGAUCUUUUACACUUUUGGAUAAACUUAGUUCAGAUGAAGUUUGUAGUUCACAUGAACUGUCUUAUUUUUUAGAAGAACCAAAGAGUUGUCCAGAUGAACUGUCACCUCGUAAUGAAUAUAGAUCUUUUACACUUUUGGAUAAACUUAGUUCAGAUGAAGUUUGUAGUUCACAUGAACUGUCGUCUAUUUCCAACCAGCUUUCAGGGCUUCAAAGUCUAUGGAUAGAUUGUAGGUCGGAAUUUCAACUUUCUGAAGAUGCAAAGAUAAUUUUGGAUGCCUUACAUGCCACAAACUCUAAAGAAUCCGUACCGACUACAACUACAUCACAAGUAUCAAAUAUGACUACUUCUACAUUGGUUCAAAGCUGCAGUGAAGUGCACGUUUUAGGAUCAAAACAUUCCUUCAACUCUCUUUUAAUUCAAAUGAGAAUGAAUUGCAAACUCACCAACAUUCUCGAAGAGAUCAUUUUACAGAAUAUGGAUGUCAAUGGGAGUGAUGGUCGUUUUCUCCCCGGUGAUAGUUAUCCAAAUUGGUUAACCUUUAAUUCUGAAGGUUCUUCUGUAACUUUUCAAGUCCCUCAAGUGGAAGGGCGUAAUUUGAUGUCAUUGAUGUGCAUUGUCUAUUCUUCAACUCCGGAUAACAUAACAUCAGAUAGCCUUAUAAAUGUAUUGGUGAUAAAUCACACAAAGGCCACCAUUCAGCUCUAUAAGAGUGAGGCUGUAGUCUCUUUUGAAGAUGAGGAGGGGCAGAGGUUAAAAUCAAGUAUAGAACCUGGUAACAAAGUGGAGGUUGUUUUUGUUUUCAAGAAUGAUUUCAUUGCCAAAAAGACAGCAGCUUAUCUCGUAUAUGAUGCACAAAAUUUGAAUGCCGUUGCUAGUAGAUGUGAUGAAAAUGAACGCCCUGCUAAGAGAUUCUCUACUGGAGAGGAGCCCACUGAUGACUUCAAUCGGAACAGAAAGAAGAAAAAUCGAAUGGAAUGAAAAAUGGUAAAACAAUGGCUUGGUAAACAUCAAUUCUUAUGGUGCUUUCUUGCAAACAUUUGUAUUGGCAUCAAAUGUUUUUCAUUUUGGUUGAAGUUUUUUUAUUUUAUCCAUUGUAAUUUUUUGUAAUCCUAAAGAGAGAUAAAAGAUUAUAACUUAUGUUACAAUUCUCCAUAAAGCUUGUGGAAUUUGGGUUGGGACAUUUCCCUCUAACCAUACCAUCAGCUAUAGCAUUGAAAUGUUUUUUAACAAUUUGGACAGAA